AUGUCACUUCGGAACCUGUUCGGCAUGUUGAUGUGCUCGAGAACGAGAAGACGGGAGAAUGAGACCUUUAAAGAAGCGCGAAAGGAGAUUCUGAAAAACCUUCGAGAAGUGCACCAGUCUGUCAAGCUUUUGCCGUUGACCAGCCUCACUAACGCAUACGCCGCCCGCUACAACAUCAGGUGCCAUGACCUCACGCUACGCACCGACGGCGGCUCCCCGGUUACGACACAGACGUAUUUCAAGCCUUGGCCCUUGGAAAAGCUCGAGCAGUUUCCCCUUGAUCUUGACAACCCGGAUACCAACAGCAACGUCCGAAGCGAUGAGGCGUGCUUUGCAGACCUCGAUGAAGAGAGGUCGCGUGAACCGACCGGUGAGAGUGAUUCAGAUGAUGACGACACGGGGCACCUUCUGUCAUAUGUACUCGUCUGCCAAUUUACACAACACGCGAGGAAGGCCACGGAGGCUGGAGCUACGCUCGAUGAUCUGUCAGGCUGGUUCGGAAGGUCCUUCAAUAACACCAUAAUCAGGGAACGUUAUAUGAACAUGGCCAUGUUCACAGACCCUGGUAGCAAUCCUCUGGCCUCACCACCUCUCAGAUUUGAAGAUGCUUGGUAUCCGCACCUACCCCAGGGCCAGGAACUUCCUCACAUAAACCUGAUCGUGACUCAUGAGGCAGUGUGUGAUAAUAACAUCCUCCGUUCCGAGCUCCUCGUCCUCGUCGGCGUCAUGAGGACCCGGCUUGGGAGGGUAGCGCUGCAAGACCACGUGGUGGCUCCGGUUCUCUUGACAACGUGCACAAACAAUCUGAAGGCGAGGAUCCUAAUCGCUUACUUCGAUGGCAAGAAUUUGAUAGUAUCGAAGAGUGCUCUCCACGAUUUCUCUUCUCCGAAGGCGAGAGAGAGGAAUUUCCCGCUUUUCCUGUUAUAUAUGUGCAGUCAGGCCGUGGGGGAUACCAAGGCGCUGCCAGUACCGAUGGCUACGGAGGAGCACGUUACUGAUUAA